AUGCCAAUUUCGCACCACGAGGGAUGCGGGUGUAAGCACGCGGACGAGGUGUUGAGGGGUGGGGAGUUCCUCCUCAAAUAUAUGGACGUGGAAAAGGUUACUGCGCUGAAUGAGAAGGUCCCUGGAUCUUGCAGGAAAAUUCUGAAGAUAUACGACGAGAGACUGUCCCCCGCAUGCUGCGAGAGUGACGCGGACCAUGAGUUGAUUAUUAACAUUCCUUUUACUAGCCCGUGCAAGAUCGUCAGUCUGUUCCUCAUUGGAGGGGAGGAAGGAAGCCACCCGAAGAAGAUCAAAAUUUACUCCAACAGGGAGGACAUCGACUUUGAGAACAUCCACGACUUCAAGUGUGUGCAGGAGCUGGACCUCGCGGAGGACUACCACGGGUCGGUAGAGUACCCGCUCAAGGUGACCUCCCUCUUCAAC